AUGCCUCUAAACGACCUACCCGUUAUAAGCAAAUUUGCAUCCCAUGCGAUCCUUCACCCAUUGGACUUCUUUUCAAGCGUCGGUCCAACAUUGAAUGAAUUGAGCUUUGGACUUCUGGGUGCCUCAUUUGAUCCAAAGCGCGAUAUCGUCGAUCUCUCCGGAAAAGUCGUCUUUGUCACUGGAGGGAACAUCGGCCUUGGAAGAGAGACGAUCCUCCAGCUCGCACAUCAUCAUCCGUCGCGCAUCUAUCUGGGGGCGCGCAAUGCGACAAAAGCCCACGAAGCCAUCAUUUCCAUCCAGGAGCAGCUUCCGUUCCCCGUGGAUAUCAGACAUAUUCCUCUCGAUCUAGCGUCGUUUGCAUCUAUCCGGGCCGCCGUUGACACGUUCACGACACACUGUGAUCGCCUUGAUGUAUUGAUACUCAAUGCCGGGACUAUGGGCAAUCCACCAGCAACUACACAAGAGGGAUUUGAGAUCCAAUUCGGAACAAACCAUGUCGGCCACUUCUUGCUCACGAAACUUCUGCUCCCCGUACUUCAGAAGACGGCCGCCGCUGCUCCCGACACCGACGUAAGGGUCGUGACGGUGAGCUCCCUGGCAAACUCCGCUGCUCCGUCCUACGAGGUGAUGACAUCCACGGAUGCGCUUCUGGCUGCCAGUACCUGGGCGCGCUAUGCCGCGUCCAAGGCUGCUAAUAUCCUCUUUGCUUCUGAACUUGCUCGUCGGUAUCCAGAGAUUCUGUCUGUUGCUAUUCACCCAGGUGCGGUAACGAGUAAUUUGUAUGAGCAUGCGAAAGCCUCCGAUCCGGUGACAAAAUACGGGCUUGCAGCUUUGUUUGCUUUCUUUCGGACAGUGCGCUCAGGCGCAUUGAAUCAGCUCUGGGCCGCUGGAGUUAGAAGAGAGUUUCUGACAAACGGUGCAUACUAUAUUCCGAUCGGGAUUCACGCUACGAACAACAAGUUUGCCAAUGAUGCCGACAUGGCAAACCGAUUCUGGGAAUGGACUGAGAGCCAGAUUGCCCAGAAAUCUGCUUCAUAG